AUGAGUGAUUACCCUCCACCCAAUUACCCACCACCAAAUAGACCCCAAUAUGAACAGCAACAACAGGACCAACCGUAUCAAGUUCGCCCGGAUUUAGAGCAUCAGCAGUACGGAGAUUACUAUGAAAAACCAGUUCCUGCUGAAAAUUUUGAUGAUAGUUUCAAGAUUGAGAAACCAAAGUUCAAUGAUUGGCCAUUUGCCAUUUUCUUCUGGUUGGUUGUUGCUGGGUUCAUUGCAGUAGCUGGUAUAACAUUGAAUGCAUUAAGAGAAACUUAUGGCUUCCAAGGAGGAUCCAUCUAUGGGUCCGGGAACACAUUCACAUUGAAUACUAAUACCAUUAUCUUGUUUGCAUUCAUCAUUGUCAUGGCAAUUGUUCUCUCGGCUGCCAUCAUUAUCUUUGCCAGAGUUGCCCCUAAAGCAUUCAUAGUAUCAGGAGUCAUCUUGAACGUUGUUUUAGGUGUUGGUACAGCAAUCUUUUAUUUUGUUGAGCGUUAUUGGUCUGCUGCAAUUGUCUUCCUUGUUUUUGCUUUAUUUGGUGCUUGGUGUUACUGGAGAGCACGUCACAGAAUUCCUUUGAGUGCUACCAUCUUGGCAACCGUGAUUGAUGUGAUGAAAAUGUACCCGUCUACUUUGGUGACUUCUUUUAUUGGUCUUAUUAUCAGUGCUGCAUUCAGUGUUUUAUUCAGUGUUGUCAUUGUUGCCACAUAUGUAAAGUUUGAUCCUAAUAACAGUAAUGAAGCAUGUUCUGUAGGUGGUGGAAGUUGUUCGAAAUCCAAGUUGAUCGGGGUAUUGGUGUUUGUAUUCUUUGCUGGUUUUUAUAUCUCUGAAGUGAUGAGAAAUGUCAUUCACGUGGUUAUUGCUGGUAUAUAUGGUACUUGGUAUUACUUGGCAAACUCUGAUCAAGGUGCCCCAAAACACCCCGCAUUGGCUUCUUUGAAACGUGCAUUAACUUAUUGUUUUGGUUCCAUUACCUUUGGUUCAUUGAUUGUGUCAUUGAUUCAACUAUUGAGACAAUUGAUCUCCAUUCUUAGAUCAAAUUUUGCUGCUGAUGGUAACGGAUGGGGUGUUUGUGGAAUGAUUAUUUUGGACUUUGUUGUUGGAUUCAUUGACUGGUUGGUGCGUUACUUUAACAAGUAUGCAUACUGUUAUGUCGCAUUAUAUGGUAAGAGUUAUAUCAGAUCUGCCAGGGACACUUUCGACUUGCUUCGCUUCAAAGGUAUGGAUGCUUUAAUCAAUGACAUGUUUAUUAAUACCGCCUUGAAUUUGUAUUCUUUAUUUGUUGCAUAUUUGGUUGCGUUAUUGGCUUUCUUAUAUUUAAAAUUUACCAAACCAGAAUACAACUCGAAUGGUGACUUUUAUGCCCCAGUUAUUGCCUUUGCUUUCUUGAUUGCCGGACAAAUUAACCGUAUAUCUUUGACAGUUAUUGAAAGUGGUACAGCUACUUUCUUUGUUGCUUUAGCAAAGGAUCCAGAAGUCUAUCAAAUGACCAACCGUAACAAAUUUGAUGAGAUUUUUAGAAACUAUCCAAAUGUUUUGGAAAAGAUCACCAGUGAUCAUUAG